CUUCACUCCAUACAUCUUGUGAAUCAGAAAGCCAGUUUCAGCUGAGCUUGCUCUCUGCAGACGGACAGCGAGAUAAGUCGACGGUAGACUCGUUUGGUUAGUAGACCAAGGACGGAGCGCAGCGGGUGUGGGUGCCGCGUCUCCUGCCUUUGGCGUUGCUUCUUGUCGUCCAGGCGAUUCUUCGUUAUACGCAUUCGAGAUACCUCGUUCCAGCGUCGGAUUGCGAAGGCGGCGAGCGGCGAUGGAGGCGGAUCCGAUAGAAGCGGCAGCCGCGGCGGUGUCGGUGGAGGAGCAGCGGAAGCAGCAGGCGCUCGUCGACUACCGCAAGAAGCUGCUGCAGCUGAGAGAGCUCGAAGCCCGAGUUAAAACGCUGCGGGAGAACCUCAAGGGCGCGCGGAAGGACUACGACAAGACGGAGGACGACCUCAAGGCGCUGCAGAGCGUCGGGCAGAUCAUCGGGGAGGUGCUAAGGCAACUGGACGAGGAGCGACUGAUCGUGAAAGCCAGCAGCGGGCCGCGGUACGUGGUGGGGUGUCGCAGCAAGGUGGACAAGAGCAAGCUCACAGCCGGCACGCGAGUGGCGCUCGACAUGACCACGCUCACCAUCAUGCGCGCGCUGCCGCGAGAGGUUGACCCCCUUGUGUACAACAUGCUUCAUGAAGAUCCCGGCAAUGUCAGCUACUCUGCCAUCGGCGGGCUGGGCGACCAGAUCCGCGAGCUGCGGGAGUCCAUCGAGCUGCCGCUCAUGAACCCCGAGCUCUUCCUGCGCGUGGGCAUCAAGCCGCCCAAGGGCGUGCUGCUCUACGGCCCGCCUGGCACGGGCAAGACCCUGCUGGCACGAGCAAUCGCCAGCAAUAUUGACGCAAACUUCCUCAAGGUCGUGUCGAGCGCCAUAGUCGACAAGUACAUCGGAGAAAGUGCUCGUCUCAUUCGCGAGAUGUUCAACUAUGCGCGCGACCACCAGCCGUGCAUCAUCUUCAUGGACGAGAUCGACGCCAUUGGCGGGCGGCGCUUCAGCGAGGGCACAAGUGCUGACAGAGAGAUCCAACGCACGCUCAUGGAGCUGCUCAACCAAUUGGACGGCUUCGAUCAGCUCGGACGGGUGAAAAUGAUCAUGGCCACCAACCGGCCGGACGUGCUUGACCCUGCUCUGCUGCGCCCAGGUCGUCUGGACCGCAAGAUUGAGAUCCCGCUGCCCAAUGAGCAGGGGCGCAUCGAGGUGCUCAAGAUCCACGCGCUGGGCAUCACCAAGCAUGGAGAGAUCGACUACGAGGCCAUCGUCAAGCUCGCCGAGGGUUUCAAUGGUGCUGAUUUGCGCAAUGUCUGCACAGAGGCAGGAAUGUUCGCCAUUAGAGAUGAUCGUGACUACGUCGUCCAUGAAGAUUUUAUGAAGGCGGUGCGCAAGAUCACUGAUGCCAAGAAACUGGAGUCAAGCGCUUCUUAUUCUGCAGACUUUGGAAAGGACUAAUCUGUAUCUUGGCUGUAAUAAACAACAUAAUUUGUUGCCCAUUCGACAUGGAAGCGUAGCUACAUAAAUGCAUCGAGGGUGU